AUGGCGAGCCGGUAUUCUGUUUAUUCGACGACGUCUUCCACUGCACCGGCCCCUCGCUCGACCAGACAGCCAGCUGCGCAAGUGUCUACCACAACCCUCCUCAAUACCCUCCAUGCGAUAUACUCCUCUGGGCAGUCAUAUCAACUCGACUCAGGCACGGCUCUGACAGUUAACACUUGGCUUACCGCUGCAAGCCCUGGACCCAAUGGCGAAGUGGGCGGAUUAGUGGACGCAGAACUCGCGAGACGGGCUUGGGAACAUGCUCGACGCAGAGCCGAAGAUGGGUGUAUCGUCUUGUGCUCAUCUCACCGUUCUACUCCUUCCCUUCUUGCUCCGUUCUUAGCCAAGCUACCAUUGUCGACUCCUUCCACCACUUAUACUGCACUUUCUGCCCUUCGACCGUUCAUUGCACAAGUUACACCUUAUAAUCCGUCGCAAUUUCGCUGUUCUGCACUUGCUGUGUCUUAUACCUUCACGCUCACUGGCAACGUCACAGCGGUAUCACUGUCUUUAUCCACAGCUGGCCUUGAUGUUUCUAGUGGCCUGCUUAAUAUUCCUGCCGAGGCUGGCUACCGCGCCUUCGAUGUGUUUUACUAUCUACUUACAUCUGCUUCGACCCCGGCUGAAAGGGAGUUUCUCAGCCUGAAAGAUGCCUCUGCAUACUCUCUCUUGAACAAAUCGAACACAUUUAAUCCGCCAGCAUAUAUACCCACUGCUGAUGAUGCGGCUUCUGCUGAAGAUUUUAGAGCUGCUCUCAAGGCUAUAGGUAUCAAAGGCGCGUCACAUAGAAAUUUUAUUACGAUACUAGCUGCUUUACUGAAGCUAGGUAAUUCUCUGGGCUUCUUGGUCGACCAGGAGGAACUUGAGGAAAUAUGUGAAGAUGUUGGGGGACUUCUAAACCUUGAUCCGGAUGUACUUCUGCACAAGUGCUCCACAGAUGAUCGUGCCAUUCUGAUCGCUGGUAUCUACGAAGCUUUGAUUGAUUGGGUGAUAUCUAAGGCUAAUGAGACCAUCUCUAAUGAGAUUCACAGCACCCAGGAUAGUACCUCAGGUGAUGACAGCCCUGGCCGGAGGACCCCUUGGAUUGAUGGGGAAACGGGUGACACUGUUGGAAUCACAGUCGUUGAGGUUCCAGAUCCAGCGUUAGGAAAAGCCAUCGCCCUUAGGGGAGUCUUCGAUGACUCCCUUGGUAUUAAUGCUGAAAUGAAAGAAGAUGGAAUCGAAGUUGUUGCCCCAGGACAGUCUGUGAUCAAGGAAAUGCACAAUGCAAUCGCUGAGGUUGAGGCCGAUAUGGGGGUUCCGGAAAGCGCGGCAACCCGUGAACGAGAACAAGAGUACGAUAGAAAAGAAGGUGUUUUGGAAAAAGUCGGAUUGGAACUUGAAACGGGCAGUUUUCUUCGGCAGAUUUUAUAUUCCGUUGAAAAUGAAGGCAUUAGUCUUGGCAAGAAGGGCCGUUUUGACCUCACCAAUACUCUAGGAAGCAGCAGAGUUUGGUAUCACGUCGCACUUCAUCCCACAGACGAUCCACCUGCCACUUUGGCAUCUUUACCAUCCGUUACAUCCUCUUGGUCUGCCGGAACUGUCUCCCGCCAACUUCGCGCAUGGAGGCUCCCCGAAUGGGCCAACCGUCGAAACAAACACCUUGAUUUCACGGCAGAUUUCGAUGUAGAAGAAUUUGUCACGAGGUAUUCUCGGCUUGGAUGCCAAGAAGGAAAGGACGGAGUGGAGAACUGGAUCCUAGAAAGAGGGUGGAGCAAUGGUGAUGUGGUUAUCGGCAACGAGAGAAUUUGGAUGAGAGAGAAUGCAUGGUGGGAGGCUGAGUCGAUGCUGGAUUUGAAACCGCAAAAUAUCCCACAGGAUCCGUUCAAUCCUGUGAUGACCCCCUUUGACACCCCAUAUUCUCCCACCCCACCACCUAAUGCCAGCGGCUUCUUUCAGCCAGAGAUCAGUGUUGGUGACAGUCGUGAAAAUCUUAUGCAAAGGCAGAGCGUGGCAACUAUGUCUCGGAGUGCUUUGGGGGGAGCUCGUUCCAUCGCACCUACUGUUGGCCAGCCUGGCCAAACCGCACUGGGAGAUUACGGCCUUGGCCCAAAGGGAGAUGACAGAAAACACGAUACCCAAUACUACGAUCAAGAUCUUGGUGUAUUCACUGGGCAAAUGGAUCCUGAAUUUGGUGACCCGAAAAAGAUCGAGAAGAAAAAAAUUCCCUUGUCUCGGCGUCUGUGGGCAGGCUUCGUUUGGGCGGCAACUUUUUGGAUUCCUUCGUUUGUCCUUCGAUAUGUUGGCCGUAUGAAACGCCCAGAUGUUCGAAUGGCUUGGAGAGAAAAGGUUACUCUCAUGGCUCUAAUCCUUCUCCUGAACGCCAUAAUGGUUUUUUGGAUUAUUGGUUUUGGAAAUUUACUCUGCCCGAAUAAAGAUAAAGUCUGGUCUGAGAAAGAAGUCACUUACCACCAAGGGGAUAAUGACUACUACGUCAGUAUCCAUGGGAUCGUGUAUGAUAUCAGCAAGUUUUGGAAAGUUCCGCACGCUACAACUAGAGACACUUCCAGGACUGCAAUGGAUCCGUUCCGUGGUUUAAAUAUGGAUGCUUACUUUCCCGUUCCACUGACUGUGGCAUGUCGCGGCUUCGGCAUAGCCGAUUAUGUUCAGCUUCAACACAACCAGACCGACGCCGUUUUAUAUCCAAAUGCUCUCCACUCCUCUGGUCCUUUAAAUGAGCGUGACCCCAAAUCCAAAUUGCACGAUAUCAACUGGUAUAACAAUGAUUUCUUACCAAGAAUCAAGGAGUAUUACAAAGGGGAUGUGGUUUGGGACAAGGCUGAAUUACAGAAACAGGCGGAAGAAGACCAACGGUUUUGGGUCGUACUAACCGGCGAAGUGUUUGAUCUAACGGACUAUUUCUACACCGUUAAACUGAUGAACAAUCUGCAGGCCUACAAUUUCCUCCCUGAUAAAGUCACCCAGUUGUUCUUGAAUAACCCGGGUGAGGACAUAACCGACAAGUGGGAGAGUACCGUUGACUUCCAGAACAGCUAUUGGUGUUUGAAGCAUCAGUUUUAUCUUGGCAAAACCGACUUCCGAAAAACAGCUAGAUGCCAAGUGAACAAUUAUAUCCUGCUUGCAUUCACUUGCGUACUUGCUGGUGUUAUUCUUAUCAAAUUCGUUGCUGCGCUCCAGCUUGGAACCAAACGGCGACCUUCGAUGCAAGAUAAAUUUGUUAUCUGUCAAGUUCCCGCGUACACCGAGGGAGAAGACCAACUGCGGAAAGGACUCGAUUCCCUCACAGCUCUCCAGUAUGACAAUAAGCGGAAGCUUAUUUUCGUGAUCUGCGAUGGUAUGAUUGUUGGAGGUGGUAAUGAUCGACCAACUCCAAAAAUUGUGCUCGAUAUCUUGGGUGUCGAUCCAAAAAUCGAUCCUCCCGCGCUCCCAUUUAAGUCUGUGGGCGUGGGAAGCGAUCAACUCAACUAUGGCAAAGUGUAUUCUGGUCUCUAUGAAUUCGAAGGCAAUGUUGUUCCUUACAUUGUUGUUGUCAAGGUUGGAAAGGAGUCCGAACAAACCAAAUCGAAACCGGGAAACCGAGGGAAGCGAGACUCCCAAGUUUUGAUUAUGAGCUUCCUAAACAGGGUACACCAUCGUUCAGCAAUGUCACCACUCGAGCUUGAAAUAUUCCACCAAAUCAACAACGUUAUCGGAGUUGAUCCUGAGCUUUACGAGUAUCUCUUCAUGGUUGACGCUGACACGAGUGUGAAAGAAGAUUCGUUGAACCGACUUGUAGCGAGCUGCGCGAAUGAUUCUAAAAUUGCCGGUAUCUGUGGUGAAACCAGUUUGGAGAAUGAAGAACGUACUUGGUGGACAAUGAUUCAAGUUUACGAGUAUUAUAUUUCCCACCACCUGGCGAAAGCUUUCGAGUCGUUGUUUGGCAGUGUUACUUGUCUUCCUGGAUGUUUUUGCAUGUAUCGUCUUCGCACUGCUGAUAAAGGCCGGCCGUUGAUUAUCUCUGAUAAGGUUCUGAGCGAAUAUUCUGACAUAGACGUUGAUACACUACACAAGAAAAAUCUUUUGGCCCUCGGAGAAGAUCGAUAUCUGACAACAUUAAUGACCAAGCAUUUCCCGAACAUGAGGUACAAAUUCAUUCCAGACGCAUACGCAAACACUGCAGCUCCAGAAACAUGGAGUGUUCUGCUAUCCCAGAGACGUCGCUGGAUCAACUCCACUAUACACAAUCUAGCAGAAUUAAUGUUCCUCUCAGACUUGUGCGGCUUCUGCUGCUUCAGUAUGAGAUUUGUGGUGUUUAUUGAUCUUUUUGGAACAAUUAUUCUCCCAGCGACCUGCGCUUAUUUGGUCUAUAUCAUUUACCUCGCUGCAACCAAUAGUGGACAAUUCCCGAUUAUUUCGAUUGCGAUCAUUGCUGGUGUUUACGGCCUACAGGCAAUUAUAUUUAUUAUAAAACGCCAGUGGCAACAUAUUGGAUGGAUGAUAAUCUAUAUCAUUGCAUUCCCGAUUUACAGUUUUGUUCUGCCUAUGUAUUCGUUCUGGAAUCAGGAUAAUUUCACUUGGGGAAAUACUCGCAUCGUUAUCGGUGAAAAAGGAGAUAAACGCGUCAUUGCUAUCGAGGACGAAGGUUUCGAUCCGAGAAGCAUUCCUCUGCAACGUUGGGAUGAUUACGCGCUUGCCAAUAACCUCCCAGGUCGUCGUGGAAAUUCUCCUUCCGGGCAGGAAAAGUUUUACCAGCCAGUUUAUGCUGAUGACGCGGCCAUGGAGAUGGAUGAUAUGCACUCAACUUAUUCGUCAGUGAAGCCGGCAUCAACAAUCCUUACCGGCUUCCCUGCCCAAGGACCUCAUGGACCGUAUAUGACUCCACACUCACCAAGUCCUUUUGGCGGCAAUAUCCCCGGUAACAGAAGUUCGCACUUGUCAUCGUUCUCACGGUACACGGAUCAGCCCCUUGGCGGCCGUAGUCAAAGUUAUUUGUCGAUGGGCAAUCUUAGCAGCUACCAUGAAAACCCAGCAAGCGCAAGCCGCCUAAGCGGGCUUGGACCGAUGACAAGCGAAACUCAUCUUGGAGUACCUCAACGGCAAAGCAUGCCUAGCCCACUGGGUAUGCCUCGGCCAAUGAGCACUGUGGUGGACUUCAGAUCUGCACAAGGUCUAGGGCCAGAUAAGGCAACUAUUACGGAGGCUAUUCAGAACUGCCUGUCUGAAGUGGACUUGGACACGGUGACCAAAAAACAAGUCCGUGCUCUCGUCGAACAACGAUUGCAGACGACAUUGACUGGCGAAAAGAAAGCAUUCUUAGAUCGCCAGAUCGAUACUGAACUUGCCAACAUGUAA